AUGCCACCAGGCCCAGUCUACAACUGGGCAUGUGUCGUAUCCUCAGCAGCUGAUAUCUUGGUCCGUGCGGCUCGAAUCCGGGCCGUACAACUCGCCAAAGAGAGCGUUGUUUUGCAACAGAAUGUCGCAAACACAACCAUGGGUGCCAAUCCCCCUCAAUUGGUGCAGAGGGAUGAAUUCAGACCUGUAGCUCCCGCUACGUUUCCCUUAAUUGGUCUUGACGCGUCUUUAGAGCAGGAAGAGCACUCUAAUGCCAAGUCUCCGACUGCUUUUCUUGAUCCUGGAACAAUUCAAGAUGGUCCAGAGCCGCCGCCGCAGUGGGAACCUGUGGGUGAUGAACCGAUAACUUCAACUUCCCCAGUGGCUGAAACUUCCUUCGAAAAUCUCCCUACGAAGCCUUUGGAUAGCCUCGCGCCGUCAACAUCUUUGGAUACCGUUGUGGAAGCCACUUCCGAUGACUUACCUGUCAUUACACGUCAAUUACAGGCCUCGAAAGUGCCGGCGUCUCGAAUUGGACGCCUGUUCCACUAUGGUGGAUUGGCUGCAUCUCUUGGAUAUGGCGCAGCCUCCGAAUUUCUUCGCCGCAGUACAACCAGCCAGGGAGACGAAAGCCAACAGCAGUCCUUAAUGCUCACGGAGGCGAAUGUAACGCGCCUGGUAUCGAAAUUGUCGCAGAUGCGUGGAGCGGCCCUGAAGCUGGGCCAAUUUCUCAGCAUUCAAGAUACCCAUGUUCUUCCGGCCCAAGUCGACGCCAUUUUUCGCAAGGUUCAAGACAGCGCCAACUACAUGCCCGACUGGCAGAUGGAGCAAGUAAUGCAGGGCGAUCUCGGCUCAUGGCAAGAUGUUUUCGAGUCUUUUGAUCGAAUUCCAUUCGCUGCCGCAUCUAUUGGUCAAGUCCAUACCGCCACACUUACCGCAACUGCUUCACCCACUGGUUUGCCUGCCAGAGUUGCUGUGAAAAUUCAGUUUCCUAACAUUGCCAACUCAAUCACGAGCGAUCUCGGGUAUGUGAGUAUGAUGCUAACGGCGGGGAAGAUGCUCCCGAAAGGUCUUUUCCUGGACCGUACAAUGAAGGUGAUGAAGGAGGAGUUGGCGGAUGAAUGCAAUUACGCACGCGAGGCGGACUCCAUUCGCAAAUUCCGCUCCCAUCUUGUCGACGAUGUGCGUUUUCGGGUACCCUGGGUGUGGGAGGGGAGCACCGAGCGUGUUCUGGUCAUGGAACACGUGGACGGGGUCAGCGUUGGGGAUGCUAGCAUAUUGAGCCUGGCACAAGAAGAGCGAAACGAGAUCGCGUCCCGCGUAAUCGAGUUAUGUCUGAUGGAACUCUUCUCCUUCCAACUCAUGCAAACCGAUCCAAAUUACUCCAAUUUCCUUUGGGACUCCCGGUCUCAACGCCUUGCCCUCAUAGAUUUUGGUGCAACACGGGCGUACGGCAAAGAGUUCAUGGAUGGAUGGCUCAAGCUAUUGCAAGCGGCAGCCGCGGGAAAUCGAGAAGCUUGCAUCGAGGAAAGCAAAAGGAUUGGUUAUCUGACAGGUGAAGAGAACGAGAUCAUGUUACAUGCCCACACUGAAUCGCUCAUCCUCCUCGCGACACCUUUCGCCCCGCGUUCUGUGACACCGCAGCCGUUUGCUUUCGGUCCAGGGACGGCCUGGGCCGGCGUAACCCAACAAAUCCGGGAACAUAUUCCUGUCAUGAUCCAAAAUAGGCUCACGCCGCCGCCACGGGAAACGUAUUCGCUGAAUCGGAAAUUGAGUGGCGCAUUCUUGCUUGCGUCGAGAUUGGGUGCGACGAUGGACACGAGAGGCAUUUGGGAGAAGGUCGUGGACCGAUAUCAGUUCCUGUCUUGA